UGUGCAGCGUGCUGGGUGUGAGGGGCAGGGAGGCAGUAGGCAGGAGGCAGGGAGGCAGGCGGAGUGAGCAGGCUUCAGUAAUGCAGAGAGGAGGAAAAUGGCAGAGCUACAGAUGCUAUUAGAGGAAGAAAUUCCUGCUGGGAAGAGAGCUUUACUCGAGAGCUACCAGAAUCUGUCCCGAGUGGCGGAAUACUGCGAGAAUAAUUAUGUCCAGGCUCAGGAUAAAAAGAAGGCCUUGGAGGAGACUAAAGCAUACACCACCCAGUCUCUGGCCAGCGUUGCGUAUCAGAUCAACGCUCUCGCCAACAAUGUGCUUCAGCUGCUGGACAUCCAGGCGUCUCAGCUGCGCCGCAUGGAGUCCUCCGUCAAUCACAUCUCCCAGACGGUGGACAUCCAUAAAGAAAAGGUUGCACGGCGAGAGAUCGGGAUUUUAACCACAAACAAAAACACGUCACGGACACACAAAAUCAUCGCCCCGGGGAACAUGGAGCGGCCGGUGCGCUACAUCCGCAAACCCAUCGACUACACACUGCUCGACGAUGUGGGACACGGUGUCAAGUGGCUGAAAGCCAAGCAAGGGAACAGUCAGCCUGCCAGGUCUGGGGGCGGGACUUUAUCAAGGACCAACCCACCCACACAGAAGCCCCCGAGCCCACCCAUGGCAGGGCGGGGCACCUUGGGGAGGAACACACCCUAUAAAACUUUAGAGCCAGUGAAGCCUCCCGUGGUGCCGAAUGACUACAUGACGAGUCCGGCGAGGCUCGGGGGUCAGAGCAGCCAGCGCACAGCGUCAGUCAACCAGAGACCUCGAACACACAGUGGAAGCAGCGGAGGUAGCGGCGGACGGGAGAACAGCGGGAACAGCGCGGGAAUUCCUCUGGCCGUUCCAACACCCUCUCCUCCUAGCAUGGCACCAGUGGUACCCCCAGGUCCAGGCCUGGGUCCCGUCCCCAUGUCUCAGUUCGGCACUAUUUCUCGGCAGAUCUCGAGGCACAGUUCCUCCAGCGCCUCGUCCUCUGCCUCAAUGGUGUCUGCUACCGGGACUUACCGCCGUGCCCCGUCCAGCUCGUCCCAGUUCUCCGUGCCCCAGUCGCAGCUUAACGGUGGCCCCACGUACCCCCAGAAUCCGCCUCCGGUCUCUGUGGCUCCGCCUCCUCCUCCUGUGGCACAGCUCACACCCCAGAUUCCUCUCACUGGAUUUGUGGCUCGGGUUCAGGAAAACAUUUCAGAUAGCCCCUCCCCUCCUCCCCCGCCACUUCCCGAAGACACGUCCAUGUUUGAAGAAGCAGCUCCGCCCCCUCCUCCACCCCCUGUGGACUAUGAGGAAGAGGACGCCGCACUAGUACACUACAACGACCCAUACGCAGACGGAGACCCUCACUGGGCCCCGAAGACCUACAUAGAAAAGGUGGUGGCCAUCUAUGACUACACCAAAGACAAAGACGACGAGCUGUCCUUCAUGGAAGGCGCCAUCAUCUACAUCAUCAAGAAAAAUGACGACGGCUGGUUCGAGGGGGUGUGCAACGGUGUCACCGGACUGUUUCCCGGCAACUACGUAGAGUCCAUCAUGCACUACGCUGACUAGCUAACCUCGCGAAUGUUUCCGUCCAACCUAUUUAAGUAUUUAUGAUGUGCCGUGUAUCGAGGACGUGCUCGCUUCCCCCCGAUCCGGGUUCCUGGACGUGUUGUGUACAUACAGUACCGUAUGAAACCUGUCGGUUGUGACUAGUGCGUGUUAUUGUGCCUGUUUCGUCAGCGUAAAAAAAAACAAAAAAAACCCAACUGUAGUAGUUUUAAUUUUACCGUACUGCCGGACUCUUCCUUUUCAUCAGGGGAGAUGUGGUUGAAUGUUGUGAUUUGCAGUAUAAUCUGACUCAUACACCAGGGCAUCUUUUGCUCCAUUUUGCCUGCAGUGUUAGCCUACAUCGCAUUUUAACUAUAUCAUACGUUACGCUACCAGGUUCAAACUGGGUUCCAUGUAGCCAACUUGCUAACAAGCCUGGUACAUAAUCGCUACCAUGUUUGCGCGCUAAUUUACUUUACUGGACUAGCUAAAUCGGUCCAACAAGGUCCCUCGUUGGCCAGUGGGUAUCCUUCUAGCUACAGAAAAAGUGUGCGAUAAUUCUCUAUAGAAAUUUGCUUGCUAGCUCUGGCUGGAAGUUGAAGAUAAUUUCAGGUUCAGAUGAUUUCAAUUCUGAGGUAUUUUAAUUACGUAAAGUUACAACCAAUCACGUUAACUCACUACUAACACUUACCCUGACUAUAUGACAUGGAGUUUCAUAGCAGAUAGCAACAUGUCCUUCAAAUGAAUUUUUAAAUCAAACUGAAUUACAGGAUUAGAAAUGCAUUUAAAAUUCAAAUCUGAAUUAAAUUAAUACAUUUGCGUUUGCUAGCAGGCAAUAUCAUUUUGUUAUUUAUUUAUUGCCGUCAAAUGCUAGGUAGCGUUAUUCUUUAUGUAACACUGCUGUUAGCAAACAUCAACUCUGGGUUCAUGUAGCGUAUUUUUUCUACGACCCAAUAAAUAUUCCUGUUUGAGUACCGUAGGCUAAAUCAACCAUUCAUUCAUUAGACAAAAAAACCCCUGAAGUAUUAAACUUGUACUGGAUCGAUCGCGCUAAUCUUCAUGAUUGUCACAUUUUUACCAGUCGUGUUGCUCCAUUUGCAUCCGGGUGAAAAAAUCGUAACCUUGUGAGGGUUUCUGGCUGAUUAAUUACACAACAGUCUGAUUUUAGCUAGGUUUAUAAUAAUCCUGGCUAAUGGUUUACAAAAUAAACUAGCUAGUGUGAUGUUAGCUAGCAUGACUGCAGUUUUAUACACACAAUCACCUCAUGCUAGCCACAAUGCUAGCAACUUAGACUACAGGUUUACACAGUGUAAUAAUUAGCAACGGUGUUAGACAGAUUUUCUACUGGUUUAGCAUAGCUAGUAAAGUUGAAUAUGAAUACUGAAGGAUUAGUACAGCGUAUAUAGCUAAGUAUAGCUAAGUGGCUAAUACGGGCAGAUGGAGUUAAUUGUGGUUAAAUAUUUUCACUCGGGUGCGAAGUGUUUUCAUUCUCAGUGAUCAGGAAGCACAGCAUGAAUCUGUAGAUUAUCAUUUUGACACGUUUUUUUGUUGGAUGAUUUCUGUUUUAUUUACUUUUGAAUUGAACGGAAAAUCCACGAGAAUGUGAUUCACUCGGUGCUGUGAGAGACGUCAUGAGCACACGGAGUUAGCUGCUCGUCACGUCUGCUGUUAGCUUCUCUCUUAUCACCUUGUACAUAAACGAAACCUGUUUGUUCGUUUGUUUCAUUUGUUCGUUCGUUUGUUUGAUUUUCAUUCGAUGUACAGCGUUUUUUAUAAUAAAGUACUGUCCC